CUCAACUCACGAAUCGCUUCGCUUGUGAUUACAAUUUUGCGGAGUUACUAAUAUGGGUUUAUAAUAAUGAAUAGAUAUUGGUUAGUGUUAAGAUAAUUGUAUCGUUACGUUAAAUAAUCAAUUUAUAUAAAUCUCGUCAAGAUGAUGCUAACAAUAAGUGGAUUGCCGCUGACGACCACGUAUAAAGACAUUAAGCUGCUAAUUAAAAAGCAGUGUAACCUGAAUGACUUCAUUUUGGACGAGCUGGUGAAAGAUAAUGGGUUGAAGAAAGUUAGAAUUGGGCUGGCGGACGAUAGCGAAGGGAGCCACCUUAUAAAAUGUCUGGAUGGAUUCUGGGUCAUGGGAUGCGCGCUGCGGGUUGUUCCAGUCGGAAAAUCGCAAAACUCGCAACAGAACUUUGGUCCGCAAGGGAACUACAACCAGCCCCAUAAUGAUUACCAGCAAGACUACCGUCCACAAUGGGAGCCCAACAUGCCAGCAAGCCAGUUGACGAGCCCGCAGUGGACUGCCAACCCGAUAGGAUCAGGACCGGGACCAGGGCCCAAUAGCAACUCGUAUGGGUUCCAACAGGGCCCUGGCCCGAAUAAUAAUAUGCCACCACAGCAUCAAAACAUGCACCAAAACCAAUAUUCAAACCAGCAGUUUGGUCACCAAGGGCCACCACAGAACAUGGUUUCCCAUACUCCAAACAUGGGGCAUGGAAUGGGACAGAUGAGGUCAGAUGGGAAGCCAUUCCCACAGCGGGACCAGUUCCAAAGACCUCAAGAUCAGGGUUAUGGAGGGCCUCCUAGGAAUGUGUCGGACUCUGGGCCGCCGGGUCAACGGCCCCACGUGCUCCGUUCGGUGGAAAUUGUGGACACGCCUAUGAACAGGCCUGGAGGACAGCCCAAUAGGUUCCCGGGGCAAAACUACCCAGCGCAAAGCAAACCAAUUACAAUAAUGAAAGACAACUUCCAAGGGCCGAGCCAAUAUAGCCCUGGACAGAGCUCUGGGCCUUCUCAACCUCAACCAUGGAUACAACAGCAGCAAAAGCCCUUCGACAAGCCUUCCGGCCCAUUCGACAAGUCUUCUGGCCCUUACGAUAAGCCGUUCGACCGUUCAGACAAGCCGUACGACAAGGAUUACGUCCGGCCCAAGUCUCCUAGGAGGCAUUCACCCGGACGAAUGUCGCCAAGGAGACAUUCGCCCGGCCGACGUCUGUCCCCCGGGCGACGCAUGUCUCCCGGUCGACGCAUGUCCCCCGGUCGACGCAUGUCCCCCGGUCGACGCAUGUCCCCUGGUCGACGUAUGUCUCCCGGCCGGCGUUUAUCCCCUGGACGCCGCUUGUCUCCUGGACGACGCAUGUCUCCUGGACGGCGCAUGUCUCCAGGGCGAGCGUCGCCUGGCAGACGGAUGUCCCCUGGACGACGGGAGCCGCCGCGAGAUGAUAGAAGGUCACCGGGCCGUAUGGGGCCAGGAAUGGAGGCCGGCAGACCGCAGUGGACCGCUCGUCGCAUCUCGCCCGCCAAGCGGUCGCCGGAGCGCCGACCUGAACCAGGAAGCGCAAGAUACUCUCCAACUCGCCACACGAUGGACAAACGUGACGACUUCAGAGACAACAAAACCAUCCGACCUGCCUACGAACCGACCCCUCAAGCGCCAAAUCAAGCUAUGUACUCAGGUGGAUACCGUCCGAACGUCGAAAAGGAUUAUCCCAAACCCGGGCGGCCCAUCGAGCCGCCAUCGCCUUGGCAGCAGAACAGAGACAAACCUAUUCGACCAGAUAUGUUAAAGCGAGACGACGAACGAAUCCCGCCGCGUAUGCCAUUCGAUAGACAAGGAAAGGACAAGAGAUCUAAUUCACCAAGGAAGAGUCGAUCGCCCGUUCGCAGAGACAAGUCGCAAGAAGGAUUCAAGAGGCAUUCGCCGUCGCCUCGUUCACCGCGUCGCUCUUGGGCUCUAGAAAAGCGCCGAAGCCCUGAGGUUCGAGAGGCCCCUCCACCACCUAUUUGGCCAGGACAAGCUCCUCCAGAAGAGAAAAGACCAGAUUUUGAAGAAAAAAGAAGACCCGUGUGGGAAUAUGAUAAGAAAGCUCUCGAUGUCAGGAGACCAGAUGAGGAACGAAGAUUCCCCCCGCAAGAUACUAUUCGUGUGCGUACCGACUUGGGUCCCCGUCCAGAACGUAGAGAAGAACUGGACUUACGUGACGACAGGUUCGGAAGGGACGGGCCUAAAUUUAGUCCGAGAGAUGAUUUCGACAAGAAGGUACCCAAAUUUAGCCCGAGAGACGACUUCGAGAAAAAAAGCAGAUUCGCUCCUCUCGAUGAUUUGGAAAAGAAAGCCAAGUUCGAUCUUCGAGAUGACUACGAGGUCAAUAAACCUAAGUUUAGUCCGCGGGAUGAGUUCGACGAUAAAAGACCCAAAUUUUCACCGCGGGAUGAGUUCACUAAACCACCUGCAUUUAGAGAUCCUCCUCGUGAUGAAUUCGACGAUCUCAAAUUUGGUCGCGACGACAUCAGGAAAGACCCGAAAUACUCUCGAGAGUUCGACAGACCCAAAUUCAGUCCUAGAGACGAUUUUAAUGAUCGUCGUGAUGAUUUCCGAAGGCACGAAGAGGAAAGAAAAUGGGAUGUCCCUAAACCAGCUGAAAGAGAGGAUUACAGAAGGGAGGUUCCUGUGAAAAAACCUGAAGCAGCAAGAAUGGAGUUGCACAGAGAAGUCCUCCGGAAGAUGUCCGAAGAACUGGAUAAGGACUUCGAAGAUGUACACAAAAGAGCGCGAGAUUUCCAAAGGAGGGCUGAGGAGUUCCGCCGAGAUGACCGCAGGAGGGAUUACGAUCGCAGAGAACCAGAGCCGAAGACAUACGAAGACCGUCAGAAGUAUGAAGAUAGACCGAAGCCUCGCGAUGACGAUCGAUUCCGUUUUGAAGAGCGCAGAAAAGAAGACUGGAACACAGACGAACAUCUCAAAUCUAAAGCCAUCAAAGCCAAAAAAGACAAGGCAAUCGAGGAAAUAACACAGAAAAUCCUUGACAAACACAACAUCGAUGCAGAAGCAGAACAGAAUAAACGCAUCUGCCAGGAAUUAAACCUUGCUGUGAGCAGAAUCUUUACCGAAAUGUUCGGAGAGAACGAUGUUUCGUUCAUAGAGCUGAUAGUCAAGUUUAACGCCAAAUAUAGCGGGGCAGGGGAGGACAAGAUUCUCAGAGAUGUCAUGUCAAGCUUUCCUAGUCAAUUCAGACCGAAACGUUCCAAUCCAGACUAUUCUGAAGCACCUCCAAAGAGCGCUAAGCGUUUUACUGAGCCAUCUACAACUCAAGGCGAUAGUAAAACAAAGCCGCAUGGCAGGACCUACGCACCGGUUACGAAGACCAAGUUCGUGAGAGACGCGCCCGUCGCAAAAGAUUAUCUACCGAAUCCGGCGAAGAAAUUAAGAGCAGAUCAGUACUAUGAAGAGUAUGAUGCAAGAAGGCAGGCGGCAAAGUACGUUCAUAAAGUCGUUGAGCCUAAGCCAGUUCCCCAAGUAAAAGUCAUCGAGAAGAAACCGGCGCUUUACAAUGAGUCCAAAAAUGUUUCAGAAUGGGAAGAACCUCCAAAACCCAAAAGGGUAAGACCAAGGCGGAAACCAGAUCAACAGAAACAGGCAAAUAAUGAUGCCACAACCAAGCCUGUAGAAAAUGACCUGAAUAAACAGGAGGCUGGGACAGAUGUCGCAGCUUCCAAAACAGUCGUGGAGAAGGAGACUAAGAAAGCACCCGAGAGCAAGCCGACCGUGGAGCCGAACCAACACGGCCAGUACGAACUCGACGACCUCACGGCCAAUAUGCUACAGGACGAAUUGAAGCAGAUUAUGAUUAAGGUGUGGCAAGAAUUGCCAGAUUCACCUCCGACGGACGCCGAGGAGGUGGUCACAGACAAGUUCAGAAACGAAGCGGGGGAUGAUUUGACCAAUGCAAUGGGACUGAACGUUACAGCAAGAUUAUUAAACGUACACAAUCCUCUAUAUGCUAAGUUAUAUUUCUCCGGGAAGCCCGAAGCCGGCUGUCUACAGGCCUUCAUCAACGAACACAAGAUCACAGCCUUCAAACGAAUCGCACACAGCGACCGCGACAUAUUCGCGGCGCGCUUCGACCAUAUAGCGGACUUCGACCGGCUGUGCGUCCAUAGUGAAGUCAAAUGUGGAAGCGCCACGGUAAUAGUCGUCCCAUGCUACAAAUAUUUCUCCAGCCCGCCGGCUAUCAAAUCAAUCUAUGCUGACAAUAUCGCCAAUAUUAAAAAGAAACCCGAUUCUAGUCCGCAAAAACCUGAUACUGAUAAAAUAGAAAAAAGCGUUGCAGAGAAAAAAGAGAAAAGCGUUGAAAACGCUGAAGCAAAAACAGAUAAUGCUAAAGAAGUAGAUAAGAAAGUAAAUACAGAAAAAGAAGUAGCGAAAACACCAUCAAAUAUUACACCUAAAACUGUUACAGCUACAAAGGUAGCAGAAGUAAAAACAGUCACAGCACAAGAAAAACCAAAACCAGUAGUGAAAGACACUCCCAAAGAUGCUCCAAUAGAAACUAAAAAGGUUACUCCUAAAACCGUUGAGAAUAAUAUUAGCAAGGAUAAACAAGUAAAAAUAGAUACUAUUGCUGGCAUGAUGGUUGUUGAUGAGGAAAUGGGUGAAGAAGAAGAUGAUGAUGAGGAAAUGACUGAUCAGGAUAUUUUGGCGCUGAUGUCUGGAGGAAUAGUUUUAGAUGAAUGUAGUGGGUCUGAUGAUGAGAAAUAGUAGAUAAUAAGCUCUACCCAAAUGGCGCCCAUAGUGCAGCUAAUAUUAUAACCAGAGUAAGCGUAGGAGUUUAAAAUAGAGUUCCGGUUACUCUGGUUAUAAUAUUAGCGGAAAAUCGUUGAGCAUUAGACUUUUUGUUUGCCGCAAUAUCUAUUGUAGAGUAGCAGUACUGAGAGUUCCGCUACUCGAUGUCGACUGCGAAAAUAAUAAGCAUUUUGGUACCAAAACUGAUGUAUGGAGUGAGCACUCUAUUACUUCUUAUUUUUCUAUGCCUUGAGAGAGCAAAUGCGAGGGUUCGAAUAAAAAAAAAACAAGCAAACUUUCGAUAUUGGGCGCUUUGCAGUGCCAUGUUUUCGUGGUAAUAAACCAUAGACAAAAUAACCUGUCAAAGGAGCUUGUACAGAGACGUUGCAACAAAUCGCAUGCGAUUUUUAGAUAAUUGCUUGCUAUGUAGGAGCAACGAAUUCAAUCGAUCGACCAAAUGCCGCAAUGUAAUGCAAAUCGCAUGCGAUUAUCGGUGACGUGACGGUUGGAGAGGCCAGCGUCUGUUGGAAUAAGAUUUUAAUUUAUUUGAGUCACAAUUAUUAAAGCAAGGAAAGCAUGGGUAUUUGUUUCGCCAUAUAAGAAUAAAAGAUGUGAUUAUGAUUA